CCUUCUCUGAACGGUCAAGAUUAUGUCGUCAUGAUUACAACGGUAAAGCAAACGCCGAAAGGAAGGAAAAAUAUACAGAGAAGGUCAAAGGUCAAUUUCUCCACACUUGAAAUACACAGAGUGAAUCAGCGUCUCCAUUUAUACUCCCAACUCCAAUAAACUUGUUUAAUUAUUCAAUUCCAGAAUAACAGCUCGCGAUCUAGGGUUUUAGAGAGAGAGAGAGAGAGAGAGAGAGAGAGAGAGGAUGGCGAAUCAGUACGCAGAUCAGGUCACCGCAUCUCAGGUCGGCUCAUACUUCGUUCAGCAAUACUACUUUGAGAUUUUUCAACAGAGUCCGGAUUAUAUGCACAAGUUUUACAAUGAUUCAAGUUCUAUGAUUAGAGUUGAUGGAGAAACCAGCCAUUCUGCAACCGAUAUAGUGAAAAUUCAUCAGCUACUCAUGUCACAAAAUUUCACUAUGAUUGAGAUUAAGACAAUAAAUUCCCUCGACUCGUGGAGUGGAGGUGUCCUUGUAGUUGUUUCUGGCCUUGUCAAGUCAAGAGAUUUCGACUCUUGGAGGAAAUUUGUGCAGACCUUUUUCCUUGCUCCACAAGACAAAGGCUAUUUUGUUCUGAAUGAUGUGUUCCAUUUUGCUGAUGAUGAGGUGGCAGCUCCAUUAGCAGCAAAGGAACAAAAUGUUGAUUACCAGCCAACUAUUUCUACUCAUCUUCCUAAUCCGACAGUAUCCGACUAUGCACUGGAGGAGGAUGAAGGGGAGUAUCUUAACUCUGUUCAUACUGAAGGAGAUGAGCCAGUUCAAGAGUACAGUUACCAAGAGCAUCUUCAGCAGGAUCUCGAGCCAGAGCCUGAGUUCGAGCCUGAGGCAGAGGUUGAAAAAACCGAGGAUGGAACUCCUUUUGAAGAAUCAAGACACUUGCUUCAAAGUACGGUAACUACUUCGCAUGAACCUGAGCGUUCUGUGGACGAACCAGUUGGGGAACCUGAGAAGUUCACCUAUGCUUCUAUAUUAAGGGCUAAAGGUAAAACUCCACCAUCGAUAAGUUCUCAACCAGCUUUAGCCCAGAGACAACCGGCUGCAGGGAACUAUGUUCCAGUUUCACAGCCUUCCGUGAACCAGUCUAUCCCAAAUCUACCAAAUUCCGGUGUGGAUUCUGGUGAAGAAGCCUUUUCAUUACAGGAAGGAGAAUCAAAAUCCGUCUAUGUGAGGAACUUGCCUUCGACGGUGACAAGUUUUGAUAUUCAGCAAGAGUUUGAGAAUUUUGGGAGAAUUAAAUACGAUGGAGUCUUCUUGAGGAAUCGCAUGGAUACUGGUGUCUGCUAUGCCUUUGUCGAGUUUGAAGAUGUUCAGGGUGUGCGAAAUGCAAUCAAGGCUUCUCCAAUUCAACUGGCUGGAAAGAAAGUUUACAUUGAGGAGCGAAGACCUAACAGUAGUGCUUCCCGUGGCGGAAGAACCGGGGGAAGAGGUAGAGGGGGGCGUGGUGGAAGGACUUCUUUUGGGAGGUGAACGAAAUGACAGUGACAGCAAAAGAAUUAGAACCACCGUUUUCUGCCGCACUUGAUGUUCUAUUUACUCAUGUAACCAUAACUUUUAAGUUAUAGCAGAAGCAAGUGCUUCUCUAUGUCCUUUUCUUUUCAUAUGAAAACUUCAAAUGAGGGACCUUUUUUUCUGAGUGAUUUUGGGUUCAAUUUUACUUGUUUGAUCUGUUAUGCUCUCUCCCUAUUGGUCGCUUUUCAUCUUCCAAUUUGCGGUGGGCUUACCUCUAUUUUGUACCAGUGUUGUUCAUGAAAUAUUUAUGCGAUGAUAUAUCGAUAAACGGGAAACACUUCCCAGAAUUUUGACAUUCUGUUAUAUUCUUCAUAUUAUUUCUU